UUCUAAAUUUUGGAAAAACUUGUUGGAUAUUUGUAUAUAUCUAUCGGUUGAAUGCUUGUCACCAACUCCUUUUUUUAGCUUUCACUCUGUUUUUAUGCUUCUUUGAAACUCUCUCCCUCAAGGGAAAGACAGUGCCCAGAAUUCAGAGCCUUUCAGACAUAGAUAAACAUCUAGCUUUGUCUUUGCUCUGUUCGUUGAACUCUGUUUCUUUGGUUUUUUGGUAAUGGAGAAACAUAAGUGUAAGCUAUGCUUGAAAAGCUUCGCAAAUGGAAGAGCUUUGGGUGGUCAUAUGAGGUCUCACAUGUUGAAUCUUCCAAUUCCUCCGAAAGUUGAAGAAAAAGAACGACCGAAAGUGGCACCGAAGCAACUCAGAGAAGAGUCUGAGGCAGCUUCAGCUUCAGCAUCAUAUUUGUCAUCUUCAUCGGAAGAAGAAGGGGAAGAAAAAGGUCAGUUUUAUGGGCUUAGAGAGAAUCCAAAGAGAAGUAUUCGCUUGGUAGAUCCUGAAUUUGUUGAUGCUGGCUCCGUUGUUCUUCAAGACAGAGAAAGUGAGACUGAGUCGUCUAAGAACCCAACUCGGAGACGAUCUAAACGGGCUUGGAAAAUUCUAGAGCAUCACCAAUAUCAUCAACAACAACAGCAAAGACAAGAACAACAAGAAGACACAAAGAAGCUUAAAGUUAACACCAAACAACUGUGUAUGACUGAGUCUUGGGCUGAACCUGAAACGGUGAGUUCGAUCUCUGACACUACAACUGAAGAAGAUGUCGCUUUCUGUCUUAUGAUGCUUUCAAGGGACCAAAUGAAAAGCAAAGCACGUCAAGAUGAAGAAGAAGAAGAAACAGAAAUAGAAAAGUCUAUGGAAGAAACAGAUGAAUCAGAAGAGUACUUCAAAUUAAGCAAGGUUAAUCGAACAACUCGAGGUAAGUACAGAUGUGAAACCUGCAACAAAGUUUUUAAGUCGUACCAAGCACUGGGUGGACACAGAGCGAGUCACAAAAAGAUCAAAGCUCACUCGCCAGCAACUCAUGAAACAGAGUUGGAACCAGAAAACAUGGGUACUUGUUCUAUGACAGAAAAGAAAAGACAUGAAUGUCCUGUUUGUUUUAGAGUCUUCUCAUCUGGACAAGCCCUUGGUGGACAUAAAAGAUCUCAUGUAACUGGUCAAGUUGUAGCAACAACCCAAACCCAUGAUAAAAGUUCCAAAAAGUUGGGAGAUAACUUGAUAGAUCUUAAUCUUCCUGCUCCAAUGGAUGAAGAUGAUGUUAGCCAAAUUGAACUUUCCGCGGUCUCUGAUGCUGAAUUUGUCAACCACAUCAAGUAAUAAACAAUUUUUUUUCGUGGUUCACAACAAUGUUAGAUCCGAAGGUAGACAAUUUUGGUUGCUUUUAUCUAUAUUUGGGAUCUUUGAUUUUUGCCAGUUUGCUUUGUCAAAUUUAUGCUAUAAUACUUUCUACUCUGUUCUAACUGUAAUUCUUUUCUCUGAAUUGUCUUUAAAGAUCUGUUUGUAACAACUGAUCGUUUAGAAUCUCUCAUGAAUGCUUUUGUUUAUUUCACUGUUGGAUUAGAGCUUCUGGGUUCCUU